CUAUAAGUAAGGGUGGGUGGGGGCAAGCAGAGGCUGCAUUGCAAAAAAAUAAAUAAGCACAGGGCAGGAGGAGAGUGUGGGUUGCUCAGGCUGGAAGCCACAGGCGUUUUAGAGCUUUGCAAUUAUUUCUUCUUCUUUUUUUGGCAGAAGCAGGGGGGAGGACUUAAGGGUAGGAGAGGAGGGAGCCUUUCCAGGAGAUAGAUGUUUCCCACUGAGGUAGAGGAGCUUCUGGGCUCGCAGGGAAUGGAAUUCUGGACCAGCCCUGCCUCUUACGAUGAAGUCAAUGGGAAUACAGCUUUGGAGAACAACACAGACUUGAUUUCCCAGGAGCUGGAGGAGGUACUUUGCUCUGAGCGGGUUGGACGGAUCACUAAGACUUACCACGAUAUAGAUGCUGUUACCAGUCUUCUGGAAGAGAAAGAGCAUGACCUCGAGUUAGCAGCCCGCAUUGGACAAUCGUUGCUGAAGCAGAACCGGAGUCUGUCAGAACGCAAUGAACUCUUGGAAGAGCAACUCGAAUUGGCAAAGGAAGAGAUUGCUCAGUUACGACAUGAAAUAUCAAUGCGGGAUGACCUUCUGCAUCUGUACACCAACAGCACUGAGGAGAGUGAGCCGGUCUCCACUAUCUCCACCCCGUUACGAAGGAAUGAAUCUGCCCUCUCUUUGCAGCAGUGUUUCCAAUACGAUGCUCUUCAGCAGAAGCUAAAAGGGCUGGAGGAAGAGAACCAGAAGCUGCGCACAGAGGUUAACAGCAUUGCCACAGAAACCUCCCAGUAUGAGGAGCAGGAGCAGAAACUGAUGAUUGACUGUGUGGAGCAAUUUUCUGAUGCCAGCCGAGAGGUUGUCUCACUCUCCGAGGAGCUUGCCCGUAAGACAGAAGAUACAGCCCGACAACAAGAGGAGAUCAGCCAGCUCCUUGCUCAGAUUGUGGACCUGCAACAGAAGUGCCGCAAUUCCAGUUCUGAAGUAGAGGAGUUGCAGCAACAUCUCGCAGCAGUCAAGGAAGUCCAACAUCAGCUACGUGGAGAGCUCCAAGAUGUGCAGGAGAAGUAUGCGGAAUGUGGAGCCAUGUUGCAUGAAGCCCAGGAAGAAAUUAAAAACCUCCGGAACCGCAGCCUCCCCAACAGCACCAUCCACCGCCACAGCUCCCCCACUUUCCUACCUCUGGAUUCUUUGGCUGCAGAGAUCAAGGGCACGAUGCGAAAGGGGAUGGAUAGCUCUGGUUCGUCAGAAUACAAGAGUUUCCGGCGAGUUUUCGAGACAGUGAAGGCUGUAAAGCAAGCUGUGAAAGCCAAAUCCCGGGCGGACUCUCCAUUAAGUCUUCCUUCAGGCUCUCCUAAGCCAUCUUCUCUGGGCUGCAGUCGCAUCAGCACUCCUCGUACCAGCUACUACGGAUCUGACAGCCCCAUUGUGGGAGGACAGGAUAGCCAAGCAUCUGAAGCUCAUGAUGAUGUCCGCCGGGGUGAAGUUGGUACACUGGGGACGCCUGGCCGGCAUGACUUGGAAGCCGCUCUCCAAUGUUUAUCGGCUCGCCAGGAAAACCACAGCACCGAUCGCUCAUUCUUUGAGGUGGAGCGUGAAUGCAAGCUUAGACGUCUGGCUCGGGAUGCUGAGGACUCCAGUGGGUUUCUUACACCCAAUGAGAGCAUCACCUCCACUGGCACCAACUAUUCAGGCAGCUCCGGUGGAUCUGGAUUCUCUCUAGGUUCUUUCUCUUACUUCCCUGACAAACUUCAAAUCAUCAAGCCUCUGGAAGGCUCCAUGACCCUCCAUCACUGGCAGCAGCUAGCCCGGCCUCACCUGGCAGGAAUCCUGGACCCCCGCCCGGGCGUGCUCACCAAAGAUUUCCGGCAGCUCGACACAGACCUGGAGGAGGUCUACAGCCUUAAUGACCUGGAGGAAGAUGAUGUGGAUGUGAGCACCUUCCCUGCUCUUGCUACCUCGACACCUGCCAAAGCCAAGGAAAGACCAAGUGUUUCAGUCUUUCAAUCCGUUAACAAUCUGCCCCAGACCCCGCCUACUUUCACCAUCACCACCUGUUGCAUCUUGCACCCUAGCAACGAGGUCACCAUGGUGACACCCAGUCUUUAUAAUACAGUUGUGCCCUCUUGUGGAUCCUGUGAGGGGCUGAGCCCCCCUCUCCCUCCCCAGCUCCCCCAGCAAGAACAGCCCAGCCUGGAGGAGGAAGAGGAACGACAACGGCGGCAGCAGUUGGCUUAUUCCCCUCUUGGACUGAUUUCUCUGUUGACAGAACAAGGCAUUUCUGCGUGGGGCAGAGCAGAAGCAGGAGAGGUAGCCUUGCCCCACUUUGCCAGAGACUUGGGCUUUCCCUAUUGGCUGUCUCCUUCCUUGGCACCCAUGUGGCGCUGCCGCUGGGAUGGCCUAGCGGAGUGGGCCUUGGGGGGACGUCCGUUGCGGCGGAGGAAAUUCAUGAAGGGCCGGAACAGCAUCUUCAGCUUGAACCUGGUGGAGAAACUGCAGCGGCUGGGGCUGGACAAGGUGGUGGCAAGAGGGGAAGCCUUGUAUGCAAUCUCCCAGCUGCAAGAGCUUCACGAAAGGAAGACCUGCCUUUCCUGACUGCACAGCUUUUGUUACCCUCCAUGGUGAGGCACCAAUGAGAAGGAAGGGGAUGCUUGUGAGCUGCUUCCUAAGCAGUUGGACAAACUCAAUUGUGUAGCUGGAGUUCUGGGCUAGUAUUUUGGCUGACCCUUAAAGCUGGGGAGCAAGGUGGAAGAGGGGCUGUACCUACACCAAUAUCUUCUCUCCCAACUCCUGUAGAUCAGGAUGGGGAGGGAGUUUUCAUGUUGAUGUUUGCAUGCCAAACCCAUAGAGACAUUUUACAUGGCCUCCUGGUACUUCAUCCAAGGAACCCUGGGAGUUCUGGUUUUUGUGAUCCAAGGGAACAUUCCCCCACUGCAUGAGCACAUCCACAUUUCCCUGCAGUAGGUUUGAAGCGUCUUUACAAAACUAGUUUCCAGAGUUCCUUGGAAAGACUUGACCAGAGCAGGAGGUAUGAGUUAUGCUGGUGAAACCACUUUUUAAAAACUGGUCUCUUGAGGAAUUUCCCCGCUUUCCUGUCCUUUGUGAGACCCUUUCUUCUUGCCCAGUGCAGUGAGUCCAUCUGAGAUGGAAGACACAGGACACAAAGACAGGAGAAGAUGCAAACUCAGUGGUCGGAGUAUACUGAAUUUUGGUAGCCCCUGAUGAAGUGUGAGUUGGCAUGAGGACCAAGGAGGAUAAACUUUUGAAAUCCUCACAAGCGCAUAAUUUUGGUGACCAUGCCUCCCAGCUUUUAUAUUAAUUGUCUCCUUUGUUAAUCCCAUUUAGAAAUGGAUUCUUGUUCAGGAAAACUGCUUUAUGUAUGUGUGUGUGUGUAUGUGUGCAUAGAGUUUGGCCUCUUGCACUUAAAAGGCAAGCGGAGUAGCAGGAAUUUGGAUAGGAGGAUGCCUUUUGGCAUCAAUGAUAGUUGAGGAGGUUCUUCUUAUCCAUUAGAGUUCUCUUAACACUCUUAGCUUUCUGGCAAAUAUAGUAGGUGUUCAGGGUAAGAUCUUCAAAAUGGAUUAAGACUGCUGUUAAUGUCCAUAUGGCACUUCUCAACCAAAUUAGGGUCCACUGCUAAAUGAACAAAAAAUUGGAUUGACUCUAGAUCAAAAGAAUCAUCCUUAAUAGGGUGCAAUUCACCCCUCUUACUCUGCUUGCUGAGAAUUUUCCUGCACUUUAUUUCUACCCUUGUUCAUCUACACAACCUUGAAUUAGUGGACAAAUUUCUCCUAUAGUGAAAUAACCUGAAGUCAGAGCUUGGAAACUGUUUUGAUACUAUUUUGGAAGGUGGGGGUUCCAUUUCCCAAAGUCAACAAAUAGCCAUGUGGUCAGGGGAACUAUAAUAUUCACCACCAACCUGCAAGGCAAGCUCUGCUCCUAGGCUACUUCCUUCCCAAACAUUUUUUUUACCAUCAAUAUUUAUGUUCUCAGACUUUGGGACCAAAUAAAUGAUUGAUUUCCAGGGACUCUCAGUUUUCCCUUAUUAACAGAUACCUGUAUUUUUCAUGUAUAAGUGGUAAUUUAAAAUCUUUUUCUUCCCACACUCAGUGGGCCUGCUUGGAACUUCACUCUUCGCACGCUCGUGUGUAUGUGUGUUGCACAAAUACUCAGUUGCACACCUGCUUCCAAAGCCAGGUCCUUUAUUUCUGCUUUGGAUCACCAAUGUUGACAUUUCUAUAUCCAUGUUCUCUUUCUGUGUCUUCUUUGGUGAAAAUAAACAGUGGUGUUGCUGUUGCCCUGAA